UGAAGAGAAAUCCCUGAUACCAAAGCAAUGGAAUUUUGCCGUUGUUUACUUUCCCUUAUUGCAUUACUAGCACUUGUCAGAGGAGAACCAGUUGGGAUUUGCGAUCCUCACCGGCUAAUACCGCAAUUUCUGCGGGACAGUUCCAACCGAUGCUUGUUUCACCAAUGCGAAUACCAAGGCACAAGGUACCUGCGCUCUCGUGCCGUAGAGUGUCCCCCGUGUUAUCUGGUACCUCACCACUACGGUCAUAGAAUCCCAGAUAACCAUUACCCGUGCCAGGUCCGUAAUUGCUUAGCUAUAUGUGACCGGUCGCGGCCCGGCUCGUGGACGGAGUGGAGCCAUUGGGGGAGGUGUAGCGUCACGUGCGGUGAGGGGACCACGUGGCGAGUGCGCCAUUGUGUGGGUGGGUCGGCCCUUGACUGCCCUGGAAACCUUAGGGAGAGAAGGCGUUGCUACAAGGGAGAUUGUAAUGAACUUGUGGAUAAAGACUUUGAUUAGGGCCAUAAGUCGUUUUGGAAUGUGGCCGAAGUCCGGAUCAGUGUCCAAAUACAGGAACACGAAUGGAAAUUACAACUGUAAAGACUCAAAAUGCCUUUUUUAAAUAUGAUCCUGGUUUCUCAAACAACCUGUAAUUCUAAAAAUAAUAAAAAGAAUAAAGGUGUUUAC